AUGUCAGCGACGGCGACUCCGGGAAUCGCCUUGCAGCAUCUCUCCCUUGCUAAUGGGCGAGUCGCAACUCCGAAGAUAGACUCUACGACUUCGUCGAGAUCGGGUUCGCGUGCUGAAAGGCUAAGAAGGCCGUCGGUAGGAGCCUCAUCAAGAGCAUCCGCACAACCGACACGGCUAACAGAUUGCCAGACUGCUACCUCAUCCUACUCAAUACUCACACCAUCAGAGACAGCCCUACGUCUUCGAACCUCACUUACGCAUGGGCUUUCCCCGUCCGAAAUCGUCUCUCGCCUCCAUGUAUAUGGCUCGAAUGAGCUUCCUCGAGAAGAGCCGGAGCCACUAUGGCUUCGAUUCCUCAAGCAAUUCAAGGAGACCCUCAUAUUGCUACUCCUUGGAUCUGCCGCCAUCAGCUUCUUGAUGGGAAACUAUGAUGAUGCCAUCAGCAUAGCCGUCGCAGUUACAAUCGUCGUCUCGGUCGGUUUCGUGCAGGAAUAUCGAAGCGAGAAGAGUCUCGAGGCGUUGAACCAGUUGGUCCCGCACUUCGCACACGUUAUUCGUGCGGAUGGCGCGAUUCGUCCUGACCGAUCAGCGAGAACCACUCCAGGCGUGCCAAAAGGAAGAGAAGGAGAAGACGAUGAAAUUCAGGACACUGCCAAAUCGCUCGAAGCCGCCGAGGCCACCUCCACCACGCUUACCGGCUCUCAACUCGUGCCAGGCGACCUCGUCCUGUUCCAUACCGGCGAUCGGAUCCCUGCCGACAUUCGCAUUACACACAGUGCCGACCUCUCCAUCGACGAGUCGAAUCUGACCGGAGAAAACGAGCCGGUUUCGAAAUCACCCGCCACUCUUGUAAGCCACGCAUCAUCUACCGUAUCCCGGGAACCUUCGCCAAACGGUACUGCCUCCAUAUAUGCCUCGCCAGCUGCCGGGACGGUCGGCGCCGAUAUUCGCUUAAACGAUCAAACGAACAUCGCAUUCAUGGGGACCUUGGUACGGAGUGGGCAUGGGUCAGGUAUUGUGAUCGCCACGGGCGGGUCGACCGAGUUCGGUGCCAUCUCUGCCAGUUUACAGGAGAUUGAGUCUCCUCGGACCCCUCUGCAGCUCUCCAUGGACCGGCUCGGCAAAGAACUGAGUUAUCUGUCCUUCGCCGUCAUCGCCUUCAUCAUGCUCCUGGGGGUGUGGCGAGGGUGGGAAUUUCUUGAGAUGUUCACCAUCGGCGUGAGCUUGGCCGUCGCCGCUAUUCCAGAAGGCCUUCCCAUCAUCGUGACGGUCACGCUCGCGCUUGGGGUCCUCCGAAUGUCGAAACGCGGGGCCAUUGUCCGUCGUUUGCCCAGCGUCGAGACGCUCGGGAGCGUGAAUGUCGUGUGCAGCGAUAAGACGGGGACGUUGACCACGAACCAUAUGACCGUCACCAAAAUUUGGCAUUUCACGCCUGGUGCGACGUCCGAACCGAUUUCCAUCAGCGCCAAGCAGCAAUCCCUCUCCACGUCCGACCUCGACUUUGCCACGCGAACCAUCCUUCGCAUCGGAAAUAUUGUUAAUAAUGGGCGACUCAUGUCCGGAUCGUCCAGCACGCCGGCCUCUGCGGCCUCCGCUGCGAUCCUGUCGUCUUCUGCAAGUGAUCCAUCCUCUGCCAAGAGUCGCUGGGUCGGACAGCCCACCGACGUUGCGCUUUUAGAUCUCCUCGACGCGUUCGGGGAGGCAGACGUGCGAGACCGGAUCGGCCCACGUCGGGACGAGACCCCGUUUAGUUCUGAGCGGAAAUGGAUGGGUUGUGUGAUCCACCCUGGCCCCGACAAUCCCAACGGCUACGAUGUUGCGUAUGCGAAAGGGGCCCUCGAACAAGUCCUCUUACGAUGCGAUACCUACAUCACUACGGACGGAAAGGAAGUGAUACUAGAUGAAGCAAGGCGAGAGGAAGCGAUCAAGGCAGCCGAGAAGAUGGCGCAAGAAGGCCUAAGGGUUUUAGGAUUUGCCAGCGGCCCCAAGAAGAGCGGGAAGCUCUCACCUUCUAACCUGUAUAAGGGUCUCGCUUUUUCCGGGCUUGUUGGUAUGAAUGAUCCUCCGCGCCCCAACGUUGACCGAUCCAUUCGGCGACUUCUCGCAGGAGGAGUCCGAGUCAUCAUGAUCACCGGUGAUGCAGAGCAUACCGCCGUAGCCAUUGCCAAGAAACUGGGCAUACCGUUAAACUUCAACUCGGCCAUUGGUCCGUCCGUGCUUCGAGGCGACCAACUGGAUCAGAUGAGCGAAGAAGAGCUCAGCCAGGCUAUCGGCACGACCACGAUCUUCGCCCGCACGAGCCCGGAGCACAAGAUGAAGAUCGUCCGGGCGCUCCAGGCUCGAGGAGACGUCGUUGCCAUGACCGGCGAUGGCGUGAAUGACGCUCCGGCGCUGAAAAAGGCGGACAUCGGCGUGAGCAUGGGCCGUCUAGGCACCGACGUGGCCAAGGAGGCCGCGGACAUGAUAUUGACGGAUGACGAUUUCUCUACGAUCUUGAACGCCAUAGAGGAGGGCAAAGGGAUCUUCUACAACAUUCAAAAUUUCCUCACAUUCCAGCUGAGCACCAGCGCGGCGGCCCUUGGCCUGGUCAUGGUUAGCACGGUCGCGGGCUUCAAAAAUCCGUUGAACGCCAUGCAAAUCCUAUGGAUAAACAUCCUAAUGGACGGUCCCCCAGCGCAAUCUCUCGGCGUCGAACCCGUAGACCCCGCCGUCAUGAAACUCCCCCCCCGCUCCCGACACGCGCGCGUCCUUACCCCCCAACUCCUCCGCCGCGUGAUUCAGUCCUCCCUCAUCAUUAUGCUCGGCACACUCUCCACCUACAUCCUCGAGAUGGCCGACGGACAGGUCGUCACCGCGCGGGACACCACCAUGACCUUCACUUGUUUCGUGCUCUUCGACAUGUUCAACGCGCUGACGUGCCGCUCCGAGGCGAAGAGCGUGCUGCGCGGUGAGCUGCCGAUCGUUGGGAAGGGGAGCAACAAGAUGUUUAACUACGCGGUGACGGGCUCGUUGGUGGGGCAGUGCGCAGUCAUCUAUUUCCCGCCGCUGCAGAGCAUUUUUCAGACGGAGGCCAUUGGGAUCCUGGAUUGGAUCCGGCUGCUCCUCGUUGCUAGCCUGGUUUUCUGGGCGGACGAGGGCCGCAAGGCUUAUAAACGUUGGAACGCGGCGAGUCGGACGGCCAGUGGUUAUAGCCUCAACGUAUAA